CAUUGCAUUAUCACAACACACAUACAUAAAUCACACCAACUUCACACUCCAAACAUACACCAUUCCUUUCUCACCCAACCAACCCAAACAAACACAACAUCAAAAACUCAAAACCCUCUCACCUCAUCAACUCUCAAGAUUUUCAAGAUAAACACUAGUACGACCAAAUAAUAAUUAUAACAUGUUAGAUUUUAACUAUGUAAUUACAAUAUUUUUAAAUUAAAAAAAUCCUAAUGGUCCGUUAUUAUUAUUAUUUAUUAUUUUUAUUUUUCUUUUUGAAAAUAAAAUAAAAAUAAAAUUAAGAGAUUGGUUUUGAAGAGGUGUGAGAAAAGGAGGCAAGAAGGUCCUCAUAGGAGAAGCAGUUUAUGGUUAAAUAAAAACCAUCCUCAUUUUAUUUCAUUUUUUUCUCAUAUGAUAUGGAAAACCACCAAAACCAAAACAAAAACCUAAACCAAGACCACCAACAACAACACCAUGCUUGGGGCACGUGGGAAGAGCUUUUACUAGCCUGCGCCGUCAACCGCCAUGGCUUCAAAGACUGGGACACCGUCGCCAUGGAGGUUCAGUCACGAACCAACCGCCCCACGCUCCUCGCCACCGCACACCACUGCGAACAGAAAUUUCACGAUCUAAGCCGCCGAUUCACCGACGACGUUCCUCCGCCGCAACAGAAUGGGGACGCCGCCGCUGUCGAUUCCGAUCAUGUACCCUGGCUUCACAAAUUGCGGAAACAACGCGUUGCUGAGCUCCGGCGUGAUGUCCAACGCAGCGACGUCUCCAUUUUGUCGCUGCAGUUGCAGGUGAAGAAGUUGCAGGAAGAAAAAGCGAAAGAAAAUGACGGAGAAGAAGAUAAAAAACCAGAUCUGGCGGUUACAGGCGAGGAAGAGCGGCCGGAAAAAGAAAAAUCCGGUGGAGAAAUGGAAGAGGCCAAACCAGUGAAUUCCGAACCGGAUAUUCGCCGGCUUGAGGAAAGCACAACUAAUACUGAUAAGGUGUUACCAACAACAGGGGAUGAAUCGGACCGAGACAAUCAAUCGGUUAAUGAGUCGAACUCAACCGGUUCGAGGUUCGAUGCAGCGAAAACCGGUGAGGUUGAUGUAAAACUAGAACCCGGUCCGGUUCCUAUUCAUUCCGGUUUGAAAGAACCGGAUCAAACCGGGAGAAAGAAAAAAUCGGUUGAAGAGGAAUCGAAUAACGGAAGCUACGAUAACGAUAACGAGGCUAAAGUUCUUACGUUUGAGUCGGUUCCGCCGAGUGAAAAGAGGAAGGUGGAGGGUAACUCGUCCGAGUUGCAUGACUCGGUGACUCACUCGGAGGAGGCAGGCACGAGGGAAAGCAGUGAGGUCCAGAGUUCUUCGAGUUUGACGAAAACGAGGAAGUCACGGCGGAAGAAGGAGGUUUCGGGCGGAGAAGUUUUGCCAGAGAAUGAGAACGUAGUAGCGACGGUGAAAUCUGAACCGUUGGUUGAGGUCUUGGAGAUGAUUAAAAGACAUGAAAAUUUUUCAUUAUUUGAGCGCCGUCUUGAAAAAAAUCAGGAUUCGGAUAAAUACAAAGACAUUGUGAAACAGCACCUGGACUUGGAAACCAUACAUUCGAGACUCCAAAAGGGUCAUUAUUCCUCAUGCGCUAACUCAUUCUUCCGUGACCUUCUCCUGCUCUUCACCAACGCCACUGUUUUCUUCAAUCAUGACUCACCUGAAUCACGGGCGGCGCAGCAGCUGUUCCGCCUUGUCGUUGCUGAGAUGAGAAGCUGCAGCCAAGCACAGUCUGAACCUAUCACCCAAAAGAACGAUUCACUUCCUCCAAACCCACCUUUAUCCAAACCAGAAUCUGUUCUUCCCAAGCACAAAACCGCUGCUCCUAUAAUAGUUUGCCGCAAACGAACUCCAAUCUCUGUUAAACCUUCCACAACCACCUUUAGCCAAAAGGGAGAUCAGUCCAUCAACAAUGACAAGAAGGAAAGAUCAUCUUCAGAUGCCAAACCAAUCUUGAAACAAAUUAAUUCUGAGACAGACGAAGACGAGCCUCCCAAGACCAAGGAAAAGCCUGUCACUGGAGCCAGAAGUAGAAGAAGCAGCAAGAGCCACAACAGUAACACUGGCGAUAAGAAACUACUCUCUAACUCCACCCCCAAAACAGGAUCCUCAGCAAACAAGCCAGUUGAGACUCCAAAAUUGGAUAAGAACAAAACAGAAGGGAUGUCAGACAAGAAGAAGAAUGCUGCCGCCGAUUUCUUGAAGAGAAUAAAGCGAAAUGCAUCAGCGGAGGUGAUGAAAAGUGGUGGUAGCGGUGGAGGAGGAAGUAGUGGCAGCAGUAAGGGUGGUGGAAGUGGUGCUAAUACAAAAGAUCAGAAGAAAAUUGUGAGUAGUGGAAAGGGGGAGAAAGGGAAAGAAAGAUCAUCAAGGUAUGACGAUGGAGGAGGGCCAGGAUCAGGGGAUAAGAGGAAUAAGAAUAUUGAGAAUAGCUCUCAGUCGAGGAGGAGUGUUGGGAGACCUCCAAAGAAAGCAGAAACCAGUGUAGUUAAGCGCGGAAGGGAAAGUAGUGCAAGUGGUGGGAAAGAUAAGCGACCGAAAAAACGUUCAAAGAAAUGAUGAUUUUCAGUUUCUUAGGUAGUUCUUCUUUCCCCUGUAUAUUAUUGUUAAAGCAUGUGUUUGUUCUAUUAUAUUAUUUAUUGUUAUACUGAUAAUUUAUUGGUCAGCCUGUAGUCAGUUCCUAGGUAAAAUGUAUCUGUUUUUCAUUUGGGCUAAAGCUUGUAACAACAUUGUACUUUGGCACACUGCUUUUCUUGAUUUUUGUUUAACAGGAAAGCAUAGCCAGUGCUUAUGCUCGUGGAUGGAUCACUUGAUCUGUUUCUUUUUGGACAUGUAUAUUCAAGUGCUCCUUCUUUUGUUUUGGGUCAUUCAAUCUUCAUAUACAUUCAUUAAAGUUUGAGACCUGUUAAUUCUAUGUUGUUUUCCCUAUUUUUUUUCCAUGCAAUGUUGAUAGGUAGUUUUGUGUUUGUGUGGCUAAAAUCAUCUAUCUACAAUUUUCACUUUUCAUCUAAAUACAUAAUUUCCACAUAAAUCUAGUUUUUUUUUUUUUUUUUUCGUUUUUUCCAUCAUUUUAUCGUUUGAGUUUGAGUGUAACAAUGUUUUAUUGGUUGUUUUGGUUAGUGUUAUUUAAUCUUCUAAUAUGGUGUUCCUUUCAAUCGAAUUGAUAUAUCAACUUAGAUUCAUUAUAGAUUAAAUUUAUAAGUUGAUAAUCAACGUUAAAGAUUCAUAUACAAUUAUAUUUAUGUUAUUUUGAUGAUGUCACAUUUAUAGGUAUAUAUUUUUAUGCUAUAAUUAAUUUGAAUAUUACGAGUUUGGCAAACUAGUUUAAAGUUGCACAAUUGCCAGAUCCUUAUAUUUUGAAGGUCAAAAGAUACAGACAGCAUUGCACAAAUCACGGGCACUGAAUGAUUAGGAGAGGCUAAGAAGAUAUGAAAAAGUUUACUUACAUGGUUCUAUUUUUAUUUUUUGAUUAAACGAUUCUAUUUAUUUUAUGCAAACAAAAAAGUAUUAUAGUAAUAUUUUUCUUUAAUGAAUUUUUGAAAAAGCAAGUAGAUGAAAAAUAUAUGCAAUCUAUUUUAAUAUAUAAAAAUGAAUUACCACCAAAUUGCCUUAAUUACCCUAAUCACAAACAAUUAAACAUGGUUUUGCAUACCCCUGAGCGUCAUUUUACAUCUAAUCAUGAUUACAUUCCAACAGUUUAUUUAAUGCAAAACUUCUGUAUUGGAAUAUGAAAAAACCUGCACUACG